GAACUGCAAUCAUCUGACCCAGGCUCUUCUAAUGGUGUAGACCCAGAAUAAACUCCUCCAGCACACUUGUCUCAGAUACAAAAAGGACAAAGUGAAGGAACAUAAACUGGUCCAGAAAUUACCAUUAUCAGGUAUUCUAGAAGCAGAGGAGGAGGUAAGAAGUCCUCCAUACCCCUGCAGUGACAGAUGACGUUCCUCCUUUACGUAAGGCCUCCGAUAUGAAAGCCACACACUUCACAACCUUCUUCUGGCUCUUCUUCAUGCUACUACUAUCUGACAAAAGCCAGGCUUCUCAACCAGAAGUCAAAUGUAAUUUCACCAGAAGGAAUUAUGCUUUGAUUCCAGAGGUUAUCAGUAACAAUGUUACCAUCCUUGAUCUCAGUUAUAACCAGAUCACUCUAAAUGCUUCAGACAUCAGGGUGCUACAGAUGUAUUCCUUGCUCACUGAGCUCUACUUGAUGGAGAAUAACAUCACUGUCUUAUAUAAUAGUAGCUUCAGCAAUCUCUUCAAACUAGAAAUUUUAAAUAUCUGUGGAAAUUCCAUCAGUGCAAUUCAACAGAGCUCAUUUGCUGGCUUAAAUGAACUAAAACAGUUAUAUCUUUGCCAAAACAAAAUAUUGCAACUGAAUCCUGAUAUAUUUGUGCCUCUAAACAAUUUGAAAGUUUUGAAUCUGCAAGGCAAUUUGAUAAGUCACUUUGAUGCACCACAGUUAUUUCAUCUGGAAUUACUAACUCUGGAUGGAAAUCCAUGGAACUGCACCUGUAGUCUACUUGAAUUGCAGAACUGGCUGAACACAUCUAACGUGACAUUAGAAAACGAGAGCAUCACCAUGUGUAGCUAUCCAGAUGACCUAAAGCAUUACAGUAUCAAGUCAGCGCCCUUUACAACUGAAUGCCACUCUAAAUUUAUUUCCACUAUAGCUGAAGACCUUUAUAUUGAUUUCCAGCCCAAUAUGAAUUCACCUUUUAGUAGCUCUUUAAGCAACUUAACAGAGAACUCAGAACAUAAGACUGUUGGAAAAAGCUGGGCUUUACUUGUUGGUGUUGUCGUCACUGCAAUGGUAACUUCACUACUCAUCUUUAUUGCUAUCAAGUGCCCAAUUUGGUACAAUAUUCUGCUUAGUUACAAUCACCAUCGCCUGGAAGAGCAUGAAGCAGAAACCUAUGACGAUGGUCUUACAAGAAACCCAAGUUCUCUUUCACAGAUAACAGAUACAAACUCUGAAGACACCACAGUAAUCUUUGAACAGUUGCAUUCAUUUGUGGUAGAUGAUGAUGGGUUUAUUGAAGAUAGAUACAUAGAUAUCAAUGAGGUACAUGAGGAAAAGUAAUUUUAUUGUGUUGAAAUUUUGAAAAAAUAUUAUGUCUAUUUACAGCUUAGACAAAAAGAUUUUUAUUUGACAAACAAAACUAUAAGCAGCAAUCCUUUGUAUUAAUCAGUACCUUACAUAAAUAUCACAUAAUUUUCUACUGUAUUGUACAAGCAAGUCCAAAUGCACUAACUCGUACUCUGGUCAGCUAAAAGCUGAAUAAUUUAUCUACACAACCAGCAUUUGUAUGUCAGAAAGUGUUUAGGAAACCACAGACUGGUAAAAACAAAACAAAACAAAACAAAACAAAAAAUCAAGGUCAAAGGAAUGAUUACUUACCAACUAAAAUGAACAUAUUCUGGUAUUAACAAAUACAUGUGCUGCAAUGUCUUAAAUUAUACUAAAAAAUUGAAUCAAUAAAGAAACAUAAAUUUUAGAUUUAUAUUGUCCAAGUAAAGAACAGUGAGUUUUGGCUAUAUAAAUCUGUCUGAUGUUCACAAAUAAAUUCACAGAAUUGGAGCAUAUUUUCUAAUGCUUCCUGAACUCAAAAAAACAAAAUUUCCUCAAAAUUAGUAGCAAUCUGAAGCCCAGAUACAAUGACUAGGAAUAAUGCCUAUUAACCACUACUGACUUGACAGUGAUUGUUAGGAAGGGUUCUACCUACAAUUGCCAUAUUUAAUAUUACAGUGGCUUCUAAACUGGGCAUCAUAAGAAUUUUCUUUUAAAAUACACAUUUCUGUAUCUCUUCUGGGAGAUUAUCUUUCAACUCAUUCUGAGCUAGAGCUGAAGAAUAUUUAGGUAAUCCACACACAUCUGUCUGUGUUUCAACAAACAGAGCAAUGUUUCCUGAAUUUUCUUCCACAAUGACACUAACAAGUAUUUAUAGAAAAAGAAAAAAAUGGAGGCUGGAGAGAUGGCUCAGAGGUUAAUAGCACUGUCUGCUCCUCCAGAGGUCCUGAGUUCAAUUCCCAGCAACCACAUCGUGGCUCACACCACCUAUAAUGAAAUCUAGUGACCUUUUCUGGUGUGCAGGUGUACACGCAAACAACACUGUAUACAUAGUAAAUAAAUAAAUCCUUUAAAAAAAGAAAAAAGGUACCUAAUCAAAUUAGGAAAGGAAUCUGAACCAAAGGAAAGGAACCAAGACUUUUUACUUUAGUACUUACACAGAUUUUAUUAAUUUCAAAUGUUCUCUGAUAACUCAAGAGUAAAGUACUGAGUUUUUGAAAAGAUCUGCAUGGGAAGGAGAAAAGAAACAGGAAGAGGAAGAGGAAGGAAGCAGAGAGCAGCCAUGGGCAAAUGUGCAAAGAAACACAUGGUGGGCAUAGAUAGAGGAAGCAGCCUAGAUGAAGAAUAAGCAAGUAUUUAUGGAACUAUGGAUGGGAGGUAGGCUGGGAGGUAAAGGUAGAUUAGAGGGCUAAUACCUGCCCUGUCCCAGGUGAUAUAAGGUUAUCAUAAAAUCUAUCAGGUGUCUGUGCCUUUUAUUGAUUGUGACAGCGGGUUAAAUAUACCAUACCAUUAAAUUAACAGCAACAAUCUUUCUUAGUUCCUCUAAAUACAGACUCAAGAGAAAGCAUAGUGACUAAAAUAGUUUUUCAAAGUUUUUACUUUUUGUUUCUAGCAUAUAUACUUUUAAAAAAAUGUAACUGUAAAAUUUAUACACGCAAUUUGGGUAUUAGCAUAGAUAAUGAAAUAAUGAAAUGGGAACAUGUUUUAAAUUCUUUGAAGCAUUCAGAGCUACAGCUUCUAUGCUUGCAUAUGUACCUGAGUAUCUUGUGUAUAAUAAGUAAAUGGUAAAUAUUUGCUCAGUGGUUUUAAAGCAGGAAGAAAAAGGGAGGAAAAACUAAGAGCUUGGCAUUCUUUACAUAAGAAAGAGGCUGCCAUGGCGGAUGCCAUGCAGGAGGAGCAGCAGUGGGCAGGUGAGCUUCCUGGAGACGGCCCACCAUUUCAUAUGGCUGCUCCUCUCCUAGGAGAGGCAUGGUCCCAACGGGCACCAUCUCCACAUUUCUUUGUACUGCUGAUGGGCCUUCUCAUGUUUGUCAUUGUUGUAUUCCCCAUAUAUCUGACAUGGUAUGACUGUGUGUGGGGAGACCCUCACUGCCUGUAUGUGCUUGUUUCCUGGGUGACAGGAAAUUCAUUUGGACAACUUUUGUGCAGAUCAUAUGAAAAUGCAUUUUCAUAAAAUAAUAGUUUAGAUAAAUUAAUGAUUUUACAGAAUUUCUGAUUUGAUUUAAAUAUUUUUUAAAAGUUAGGUUAAGGUGUUUUUGUCAGUAGCUCUGAUGUAAAAAAAAAUCUUGAGGACCAAUCUGAAGUUCAAAAAAGCACUCUUCAUAGUUGAAUUAGGGACUUUCUGAGGUUAAUGAGCAAGAACAAUAGCUCCAAUUAGUACUGGCUGACGUGACUUUCUCAUUGAAGCUGGACUUCAAGGAGAUUAAUUUCUUGUACCCACUUUGCCCUUAGUUUCCUGAUAUAAUUUAAUAAAAAUUGUUAAUGAGUA